UCUGUGGGCCCCUCUCCCGUGCAUACUUGCUCCGGGAAAGCCCUCCCUCCUGGGACCCCAUGGGUCCUGGUGGUGGUGGGUCGGUGGCUUACUGCCUGUUGAGAAACGCUGGUCACUAGACCCCAGCACAUACCCCUCUCCCAGGGCCAAGCAUGCCCUUCACCGUCUGUGUGGAACUCCCAACCUCCCCAUUGCUGGUGACCAUGCGGCCCACUGUCAUCAGCUUGGGUGAGUGGUGGGUGGUUUCCUGGGCCCACCCUCAAAGAGACCCUACCCCAGCUGGGCUCGAUUUCCUCAAAGGCUUGUUCUCAGGGCAGCUAAGGUAGCUUCCUGGGCCGGUCUUCCCCCUCCACCUGGGCCUGGGGCCAGUCCAUUGGGUCAUUGUUAGACUUGUGUGGCUUCCUGGUGGUGGGGCCCAGCUGCGCCAUCCCUCCUGUAGCAGCCUGGCUUGACACUAGGCUGGGAUUUGGAGUGGUAGCUGCCAUUGUCCCCUUAUACUGUUCAUACUGGCCUAGGAAGAGUCCUGGGCUGUGGAGGGGACAGGUAAGCACAACACAUUGGCCACUGCAGUGUCAACCUGGGGGAGGGUCCUUGGGACCCAGAAGAGGUUUCUAAACUGGACCUUGAAGACAAUUAGGAAGUCAUGUGCAAAGUGGGGUCUGGGUGGACAGAACCGUGCAUGCAGAGUCUUGAUGAGUUUGCUGCAGGGAAAUCCCCAGGCGGGGCUGAGAAGCCUGGCUAGAAAUCGAGCAACCCGUAAACUCAGUCCCACAACCUGAGGAAUGGGGGCGUGAGCCACGAGGGAUCAUGUGAGGCUACCCCUACAGGGAUGGAAGAAAUGCAGUGGAGGUGGAGUUUCUGAAUCUGGGGCUCCCCCAGGCCCUGGGCAGACAUGGGUGCCUCAUCAGCUCUGUCAGUCCGUCUCAUGGCCAGCGCAUGACUGGAGUAGGUGCUUUCUUUUUCCUUAGAUCCUUCCUCUUCCCUCCGCCUUCUCCUCCCUCCUCUCCCUCCCUCUCUUGCUGCACACCUGUGUCCCUGCUGCUUGCCUGACACACAUCACCUAUAUUUUGGCCACUGUCUUUUAUUUUUGCGACGGAGUUUCGCUCUUGUUACCCAGGCUGGAUACCCAGGCGUGAUCUCGGCUCACCGCAACCUCUGCCUCCUGGGUUCAGACAAUUCUGCCUCAGCCUCCUGAGUAGCUGGUAUUACAGGCACGCGCCACCGUGCCCAGCUAAUUUUUGUAUUUUUAGUAGAGACGGGGUUUCACCAUGUUGACCAGGAUGGUCUCGAUCUCUUGACCUCGUGAUCUGCCCGCCUCAGCCUCCCAAAGUGCUGGGAUUACAGGCUUGAGCCACUGCGCCCGGCCAUGGCCACCGUCUUGAAUGGAGGAGCAACCUCCCUUGAGGGAGUGUGUCCUGGGCUGUCCACCUCCUACUGACAGGACAUAAGGUCACUCCCACACCCCUAAGAGUUCUCUGUGAGCUCAAUGGAGCCCUCACCUCUCCCACAGAGACUCCUGAGAGUCCCAGGUGGCCUGUCUACUGGCUGGGUCCCAGGUGGCAGCCUCAAGAAGUCUCCAGGGCAAAGGGUAUUGCAUGGGCUGAGGACCAGGAGAGGGACUCCUGGGGUUGAGGGUGGGGACCCAGCAGGCCCCAAGGAGCGUGUGGGGAAGACGAGACCAAAGUCAGCACUUAAUUAACCCAGAGUGUCCCCUGGGUGGGGGUGGGGAGGGACCACACCCCAAAUCUCUACAACUCUUCUCACAGCAUUGCCGUGGAGUGAGAACGGGGCUUUCACCGUCAUAGGGGGCUCUGUCCACCAAGGCCCCUGACUGCCGGGGAGCCCACACCCACAGUGCCCUUCUUUCUGAAUGCUGGCCCUUCCACAGCCUGGAUCCUUGAGCCUGGGCAGAGGGACAAUGACCCCUGGACUGUCUUCACAAGCAGAGAGGCUACUUGUCACCAGGCCCUGACUCUUCGGGCUGAGCUCAGCAGCAGGCCUCUCUCUCACCAAGACCCCCUGGACAGAAGGGGCUCAGCCCUGAGGACCCAGCACUCCCCACACUUGCAUGUCCCUGCUGGGCAUCCACCCUGGGGACCCACUUUCCCCCUGCCCCCAGCUGCUGGCAGCCCCAUCUUGACUUGUCUGGGAUCCCUGAGGCCACACCAGGAAGCAGCCGGCAGCUGGGAGGCACACCUGCUGUUUCUGCAUCUUUUUUUCUGGAGCUUAUGUGGGUGGGAGGGGCUACAGACGCCAGGGAUCCUGCAGGCCACGCCUCCCACUCCCUGGCUGAAUGAGCUUUCUUCUCAGGGGUCUGACUGGAAGGCAGGGACCGACCUGUCACAGAGGCAGGUCUGAGUAGUCCAGGCCCGUUCCUACUCUCCAGCAGGGCCCCUUCUGUUCAUUUGUGCAGCUGCCUUUGCCCAAAGCACCAGUGAAGUCUGCGCGGACUGUCCUUUGUUUCCAAGGGGAGUGUGGCUCCAGUCCUGGCCUGGAACUCAGAUGCCUUAGAAUUAGAGGCCACAUCUGGCAGGGUGGAGUAGCGUGGCCUGCCCAUGGCCAGGGCAGGUACCACGUUGGCAGCCCCAGACCUGACACCACGGCUCCCGUGUCCCCUCUCCACUUCCGUCCAGCACAUCACUUACACUACGUCUGCCCCUGAUGAAUCCGGACUGUCAGCUUCCCCAGCUUAGCCUGGAAGUCCCACUGACCCUAAGGAGAACGGUGCCUCCUGAGCUGGGGGCUACGUGGGAAUGGGCCUGGGGUGGGGUGGGGGAGGUCAGGGUGAGACAGGUGUCCAGCACCUCUCUGUUUAUCUUCCCUUCUCUUUUGCCCACAAAAGAGGCAUCUUCUCCAUAACCCUCUGCCACCCCGAGGACAUAAAAUAUUUCCCCCGUUAUGUCUUCCCUUGGACACGGCCCACCUGCCUUCCUGUGGGACUCAGGGCUUUGUUUUGUCCUGUGGCCCACAUGAGAAGCAAUUAUCCCUACUCUGCUCAGCUGAGAGAGUUAAACUGAGGCAGAGCAGGGGAACAACUCUGUCGUAGUCUGGAUGUUAACAGCAGAGGCAAGAGCAGCCUUUCCUCGAGUGGUCGGGUCCGGUGGACACCAAGCGUGGAGGCUGUAUCAGUCGGUUUUGCGUUGCUCCAGAGGAAUACCUGAGACUAGAUCAUUCAUUUCUCUUUUUCAAGGUUUGGUAGGGCCACUAGGCUGAGGGUUGGAGCCCCGUCUCCUAGUCCCAGCCUGGGUCUCCAUCACUGGCUGGCCGGCUCUGCUUGCUGCGUUCUCUCCACACCUGCCUCCUGCAGCCCAGGGGUCAGUCUGGGUGCAGACCUGGGAAAGGUCCAGGAGCAGAUUCUGCCCCCCAGCUCUUACCUCCUGUGCACCAAGGCAGCCAAAAUACAGCAGCAGAACCAGGAGCGCUGGCUUGUCCCAGUAUCCCAGUGUUUUGGGAGGCUGAGGUGGAAACAUCACUUGAGAGCAGCCUGGACAACAUAGCAAGACCCUGUCUCUACAGAUAAUAAAAUUGGGCAUGGUGGCAUGCACCUGUAGUCCCAGCUACUCAGGAGGCUGAGGUGGGAGGACUGCAUGAACCCAGGAGGUCAAGGCUGCAGUGAGCUAUGACUGCACCACUGCACUCCAGCCCGGGCAACAGAGCAAGACCCUGUCUCUAAAACAAGAAACAAAGUGCAUUGUGUGUGGAAUCCAGCUUCUGGCGUGUGGACCUGACCUCACUCGGUCCCAUCAGUGAGUGGGAGGCUGCCUGCUGUCUCCCAGAACAUUCCCACCACUACACCUGUGUUUCUCCUGUGUUCCCUGGCAGGCUUUGUGAGGGGGCCUGUUACCUACCCUCUGGCUUCCCUAAGGCACAGCUCAAACCUUUCUUGCCACUGAGAACCUUCUCGUGAAGAGUCUUACCCUCACCCACAGGCCUCCUCAUUUCAGAGCUUUUGGUGGGGUGAGUACCAGGAUUGACUCACUGCUACCAGCUGGGAGGAAUUGUCCCUAGGGUUGGGUCUCUGGAUGGCAUGUGAGGAUCUAGACGAGGACCCAGAUGCCUGUAACCUGAAGGGCAAGGGCCUCGGCUGCCAGGGCUUCACACAGCCCCUCGUCCAGCCUGACCUUCUGGGACAGGCCAGACCCCUCCAUCCUUUGGUCUUGGUCCCUACUGGGAACCCUGGUUUCCCUGGAUUACCCACUUUGACUCCAAAGGUAAUAAUGCCGACAUCCCCCGUGAGACCGUGACAGACUGAGACUAUCGUAGGGUUGCCUGGCUCAGAGUCACCAUAGCCAGGCAGAGCUGAGGUCCUGGCCCUGUUCAAGACUUUCCCAAAUCCCUUCUAGCUCUGGUACCUGGGUUCUUCCUCACCCAGCUGCAGCUUCUCCCACCCCUUCCACCAGGUGACAGAGAACCUGGCAGUCUGUGAGCCAUAGAAGGCUUCAGUUUCCUUCUGGUGAGGGAUGAGAACCAGCUUAGGGCGGGAGGGAAGAGGGGUCUGGGGGCCCUCCCAGCCCUGCCUCUGGCAUUUGAAGGAUGGUGGCUGGGCAGCAGCAUGGUUUAGGCUAGACAAGGCGGCCCCUAGGUUUAUAGCCAGGCCUCAGACAGUUGCUGCCAUGUCACCUUCGCUUCUGCACAUGCUGACCUGGCAUCCCACCUAGUUAAAGGUCCUCAGGCCUCCCGCCCCUGGGCAUUUCCCCCACUCCCAGCCCAGGCACAGCUGUCCUUGUCCUGGACUCAUCUUCAGAGAUGCUUGUCCAGCACACAGCUUUGCUGGAUGUCGCAGGCUGGGCCGGGCCCCCUUCCCUGCACUAACCUCUUCGUGAGUCUCAACUAGACUGAGCCGCAGCUUCAGGGUCAGGACAGGCUCUGACCUAAUUGAUGUGACCCAGGACAAGGGGGUUACAUCUGCUUGAGUUCUUGGCCUCUAUGGUCUCUUUGGGGCAUGAUGCCCCUCUGUCCCAUGCUUAGGUGCCCACAUGUGGCCACAAGUGCCUUUCCUUCCAACAUCCGUACUUCAGGCUGCUGCCCAGGCACCGGUGGCUCCAGGCAGAAGCGUGAGUGCAGAGCCAGGCCUGGGCUGACGUUCCGCAGGUGCUGCAGGAGCUGGCAGCCUUGGCCACGCAGCCCAUGGCCAUCCAUUCCCCUACACUGUGGCUGCCCCCAGUCCACCAUCCUUCCAGGGCCAGGCCUGGAACCAAACUGACUUCUCUCUGGACCUGACAGGUUCUUGGCUGAGCAUGAUGGUCUUGCCCAUUUCUUUGAUUAUCCUCAACAAGAGGUUUAUAGAGCCAUUGGGAACAUCACAUCUGUCUACCACGUCCUCACCAGAGACAUGACUGCCUUGGGCCAGGCCUGGGACAGUCAGAAGUUACACUUGCCUGUUGAAACCCAGAUUCAUUGGCUUCAAUCUAGGCAAUGGGCUGAUGGGCAGCUGUCACUUCUCCUUUGCUUGGGGGAGGUAGGAGAGGAAGGUCAGGCAGGAGAUCUGCUUGGCACCCACCUGUGCCUGUCUCACCUGGCUGCAGGUGCAUUGGAGACUGAACCCCUUUCUUGAUCUGCAGGUGUGGAUUUCAGGUUUCCAAUGGUUGUCAGGGUGUGCUCCAGUGCUCUCCUGGCCCUAGGGAACCCUGGGCUCCAUGAGACCUUGGCCUAGGCAGGAUUGUUUCCCACACUGUCAUCUCCCCAUACAGUCACCUCCCCAAACACUGGGCUCCAGGCUCUGGUAUAUGUAAAAGUUCAAAGGCAAAAGUCAGCCCUUCCGCUCUUCCGGAGUGGGUGGCCCCACCCCUCUCAGAGUGGGCGGGGACAGGAGUUGCAGGGGCAGCUUUCCUUGGGAUGCCACAGGUCUCUCUGGAGCUGCCUAGCCACGCCUCCUUUCCUUUCAUCUUUCUCAUGACCAAUGGGAUUGGAGCAUGAAGGCCACGCCCCUGUUCUACAUUCUAGUGUGGCCCUGGUUACGCCUCCUCUGUCUCAGACACACAGCUGCCUGGUAGAGGAGUGGAGCUGCUUACCAGUGCUCCUUUGAAUUGUGCUGAUGUGGCCCCAACCCCACCUCCCUCCCCAACCCCACCUCCCUCCCCCACCCACCAUGUCGAUGUCAGAAGAAAUUCGCAAGAUGAUAGCCUCGGCUAGGAAAAAGUUAAAAGAAUUUCAACAAAGAAACAGCCCUGCUGCUCCAUCUCGAGUGAGAAGAAGAAAGAAAAGAAACAACAGUAGCCGUGAGACAUCCGCUUCUGAUGGUUGCCAGUCACCAUGCCAUUCAGCAGCAGGUGGUCACAAGGAGGGCCCUGCACCGUGUGCCACCAUGAAAGGUCCAGAGAGCACACACCAAGUACAAAUAGCCCUGGACUCGAGCUCAGUCACAACUAGUGAACUGAAUAACACCAUCGACUUAUUGCCCUCGAGCCGCCGUGAAGCAGUCCUUGAGCAGCAGGUACAGCAGUUUCUACAGGAGCGGGAACUGCUAAAAGCGCAGGUGGCAGAGGUGACGGAGUGUCUUAAGAAAGCUCAGCUAGAAAGAGACGCUUACGCUCAACAACUCAAAACACAGAAGGUGCAGUGGCAGCAGAAAAUCCUCACAAUGGCAGGAGAAAUUGAAAUAUUCAAAAUGGAGAAAAGUCAAGAUGCAAUGAAAAUCGAGAAGCUGAAGGGGAGCCUUGCCCACCUACAAAACCUUCUGGCUGAACCCCCGAUCCCGAAGCACCCACAGGGCCCUCUGACUUGGAAAGAAAACCUAAAAACUGAAACCAAGUACCUGAGAGAUGAGCCACGGGAACAGGAGAGACUGCAGGAGGCAAAAAUGAGGCUCUGGGAGACGGAGGUGCCAUUUCUGAACGCUGCUAAAGCCAGUGCCCAGGAGGAGCAGGCACGGCUCUGUGAGCAGCUCCAGAAACAACAGGUGUGCUGCCAGCACCAGGCUCAGCUGGGGGCCUCGGCCCUGAAGGAGCCAGAGGCAGCGGCCGCAGCCACAGGGACUGGGAGCGAGUCUGGGUGUGGGGAGACCCAGCGGGCCCUGCAGGGAGCUCUCGACCAGCUGCAGAGAGACUUCAUGGACAUUUUGAAGGAGAAUUCAUACCUGAAGGAGCGGGUGGAAAAACUAGAGCUCGGAUUCAUUCAGCUCUCUGGAGAGAGAGACAUGAUAAGAAAGUCCAUCAAACCAAAUGACCGUCAGAGGGCAGUGGCCAAAACCCAGCACCAGAAGAACGAUGUUAGCAUGCUGUCGCAGGCCGAGGAGGGGAUGAAGGUAAAGCUGCUGGAGCUGCAGGGGCCAGUGAUGCAGCUUAUGAUCAACCAUGAGGUCGUCCAGCACCCUGCUAAUGAGCCCACUCCAGGGGCCCCAGCCCCCCAGGAGCCUGGUGCUGCUGACAAGGAUGAACUUUGUGAAGUGAUCCUCGCUGACAGCCUGCAGCCUGCAGGAGGGGGGGAUACACCAGAACCCCACUGCACAGCAGAUGGCACAUGGCUUUGUGAGCUGCAGGACAGCCAGCAACACCGACCCUUGGGCAGCAGUCCCUCCACGCCAUGCUUUUACCAGGCUGUGGGCGAAGGAGCGGGUAAACAUCACGAUCAGCUAAGAGCUGGCCCAGAAGUUUACAAACAAACAAAGUUAUAGGUUUAGUCUUCACGUUUACUUCAUUUGAAUGUUAGAGCCACUUGGGAUGAUUUGUGUUUCUAAUCUAUAGUUUAUUUGUAAAAAGUUAAAGGAGAGUGGGUCUUCCUGUAGCUUUCACUGAUGUUCACUUUGGCAUUUUUUAGAAUUUUUCAUUUUUAAUUUGAUAAUCGUAGGUCAUUAGCAUGCCUAUCGAGUUUGCCCUUACGUGGUGGGAGUUCAAACACACAAAGACCCACUAUUGGCACAAAACUAUUCUCGCUAGUUUGGAAUAGGCUGCCAUGGUUAUUUAAUGUUAUUGCAGCAUGUGUAUUCAUUAUGGAAUUCAGAUACAAUUGGCUUAUGUUC